AUUCCCACGGAGAGAGGAGGCAGGCAGCCAGGCAGCGCCCUCCCUCCCUCCCCAACAGGGCCUCCCCCCUCGCGGGCGAGCGCCGGCGCCACCCACCCACCACCACCCGGCCGGCCCCGUAGCUUGCCCGGAAAUAAAAUAAAAUAACCUAAGUACCUAGCCAGCCAGCCAGCCAGCCAGCCAUGGCGUCCCUCUCCCUCGAGGACGUCCGCAACGAGACCGUCGACCUGUCGACGGUCACGGUGGAUGAGGUGUUCAAGACGCUAAAGUGCGACAAGAAGGGGCUGAGCGAGGCGGAGGGGGAGAACCGGCUCAAGCUCUUCGGCCCCAACAAGCUGGAGGAGAAGAAGGAGAGCAAGCUGCUCAAGUUCCUCGGCUUCAUGUGGAACCCGCUGUCCUGGGUCAUGGAGAUCGCCGCCAUCAUGGCCAUCGCCCUCGCCAACGGCGGCGGCAGGCCUCCGGACUGGCAGGACUUCGUCGGCAUCGUCUCCCUCCUCUUCAUCAACUCCACCAUCAGCUACAUCGAGGAGGCCAACGCCGGAGACGCCGCCGCCGCGCUCAUGGCCGGGCUCGCGCCCAAGACCAAGCUGCUCAGGGACGGCACGUGGGACGAGCGGGACGCCGCUAUCCUCGUCCCCGGAGACAUCAUCAGCAUCAAGCUCGGCGACAUCAUCCCCGCCGACGCCAGGCUGCUCGACGGCGACGCGCUCAAGAUCGACCAGUCGGCGCUCACGGGCGAGUCCAUGCCGGUCAACAAGUACGCCGGGCAGGAGGUGUUCUCGGGAUCCACCGUGAAGCAGGGCGAGCUCGAGGCCGUCGUCAUCGCCACCGGGGUGCACACUUUCUUCGGCAAGGCUGCGCACCUCGUCGACAGCACCAACAACGUCGGACACUUCCAGCAGGUGCUCACGGCCAUCGGCAACUUCUGCAUCAUCUCCAUCGCCGCGGGCAUGCUCGUGGAGAUCAUCGUCAUGUACCCGAUCCAGCACCGCGCGUACCGCGACGGCAUCGACAACCUCCUCGUGCUGCUCAUCGGCGGCAUCCCCAUCGCCAUGCCCACCGUGCUCUCUGUCACCAUGGCCAUCGGCUCCCACCGGCUGUCGCAGCAGGGCGCCAUCACCAAGCGCAUGACGGCCAUCGAGGAGAUGGCCGGCAUGGACGUGCUCUGCAGCGACAAGACCGGCACGCUCACGCUCAACAAGCUCACCGUCGACAAGACCCUCAUCGAGGUGUGCUCCAGGGGCGUCGACAAGGACAUGGUGCUCCUCUACGCCGCCAGGGCGUCCCGUGUCGAGAACCAGGACGCCAUUGACACAUGCAUCGUCAACAUGCUCGCCGACCCCAAGGAGGCCCGCGCCGGCAUCAAGGAAGUCCACUUCCUCCCCUUCAACCCCGUCGACAAGCGCACGGCCAUCACCUACAUCGACGGCAACGGGGACUGGCACAGGGUCAGCAAGGGCGCGCCCGAGCAGAUCAUCGAGCUCUGCAAGAUGGCGCCGGACGCCGAGAAGAAGGUGCACGCGCUCAUCGACUCGUACGCCGACCGCGGCCUCCGUUCCCUCGGCGUGUCGUACCAGCAGGUCCCGGAGAAGAACAAGGAUAGCGCCGGCGAGCCGUGGCAGUUCAUCGGGCUGCUCCCGCUAUUCGACCCUCCGAGGCACGACAGCGCGGAGACCAUCCGGCGCGCGCUCCACCUCGGGGUGAACGUGAAGAUGAUCACCGGCGACCAGCUGGCCAUCGGGAAGGAGACCGGUCGGCGUCUCGGCAUGGGCACCAACAUGUACCCGUCGACGGCCCUCCUCGGCGACAAGAACACGCAGGUGGACGGGCUCCCCAUCGACGAGCUGAUCGAGAAGGCGGACGGGUUCGCGGGGGUGUUCCCGGAGCACAAGUACGAGAUCGUGAAGCGGCUGCAGGACAAGAAGCACAUCGUGGGGAUGACGGGGGACGGCGUGAACGACGCGCCGGCGCUGAAGAAGGCGGACAUCGGCAUCGCGGUGGACGACGCGACGGACGCGGCGCGGUCGGCGUCGGACAUCGUGCUGACGGAGCCCGGGCUGAGCGUGAUCGUGAGCGCGGUGCUGACGAGCCGCGCCAUCUUCCAGCGGAUGAAGAACUACACCAUCUACGCGGUGUCCAUCACGAUCCGGAUCGUGAUGGGGUUCACGCUGGUGGCGCUGAUCUGGAAGUUCGACUUCGCGCCCUUCAUGGUGCUCAUCAUCGCCGUCCUCAACGACGGCACCAUCAUGACCAUCUCCAAGGACCGGGUGAAGCCGUCGCCCAAGCCGGACUCGUGGAAGCUGGACGAGAUCUUCGCGACGGGGGUGGUGCUGGGCACCUACAUGGCGCUGGUCACCGUGGUCUUCUUCUACCUGGCGCACGACACGGACUUCUUCACGGAGACGUUCGGGGUGCCGCCGAUCCGGGACAACGACAGGCAGCUCAUGGCGGCGCUGUACCUGCAGCUCAUGGCGGCGCUGUACCUGCAGGUGAGCAUCAUCAGCCAGGCGCUCAUCUUCGUGACGCGGUCGCGGAGCUGGUCCUUCGUGGAGCGGCCGGGGUUCCUGCUGCUCUUCGCCUUCUUCGCCGCACAGCUGGUGGCGACGGCGAUCGCCGUGUACGCAAACUGGGACUUCUGCGACAUGCAGGGGAUCGGGUGGGCGUGGGGAGGCGCCAUCUGGGUCUUCACCCUCGUCACCUACGUCCCGCUGGACGUGCUCAAGUUCAUCAUCCGCUACUCGCUCAGCGGCAAGGGCUGGGACAACGUCCAGAACAAGACGGCGUUCACCAACAAGAAGGACUACGGCAGGGGGGAGCGGGAGGCGCUGUGGGCCAAGGAGCAGAGGACGCUCCACGGCCUCAGCCAGCCGGCCGCAUCCGACCUCCUCAGUAGCAACGAGGAGCUCUCCGACAUCGCCGAGCAGGCCGCCAAGCGCGCCGAGAUCGCCAGGCUCCGGGAGCUGCACACGCUCAAGGGCCACGUCGAGUCGGUGGUGAAGCAGAAGGGCAUCGACAUCGACGCCAUCCCGCAGAACUACACCGUCUAGACUGAUUCAUUGAUUGCCUGGUUGCUCCGGCGGCCGGACAGCCGGAGAGGGUCCCCCUCCUUGUGUGUUCCUUGGUCUUGAGCGGGAAGGGCAAGCUUGUACUACAACCAUGCCGGUACACCUACCUGUGUUUAUACAUCUCCAUUUCUACUGCUGCAUAGGUUUUCUUGUGCUCUUUAUCUGUAAUACAAGUGUGUGGGAACGGUGCGUCUGCAUGAA